AUCCACGAUCAUGUCGAAAACACGCCAAAGGCGUAUUGAAAAACCCGAUUCGUUCGAAAAAGAAAAAAUUCGAGAAACGCGAAAGAAAAUAUCGGUGCCGCGUAAAAAAGUCGCGAAUGAUAAAAAAGAAACGAGUCUCUGGUGAACUAUCAAAAAAAGCUCAUAUUGCGCCUUACGGGCAAAGAACAGCAGGAAACAAAGAAGGAUGACAUCUCGUCGAACAAAUUGAUAAAAAUUCAAUUAUAGUGAAACUACGAAAACAAAAUAAGCUAUUGACGCAGCAAAAUAAACAGCUGAUUGAGCUGAAUUCAACUUCGCCGCAUGUUAUUCAAAUGUCUAAGGAGGCUCGUCAAAUAUUAACAAUGCUGCGAAGCGCCAAAAAAUGAAUGACGACGAACGGAUCUACGACUGUUCCCCAUACAUGCUCAUGUCCAAUUAAUCGGGAAGAGAAUAACAAUGCUGAAAAUCCACCAGCACUUGCUUCUCCACAGUACGAAAAUAACGAUACAAAAAUUGAAGUGGAUUUGCCAACGUCCGACACUGAGAUAGCCAAUGUACAGAUUAUUGCUGCGAAUGAGGAAAUUGAGGUGGAUGGAAGCCAUGAUUUCAUUUUCACGAAGAUACCUGUUUUGACAGUAUCAAAUCCAUUGUUGCAGCAAUCACUCAUAGAAAAUGUUCAAAUGGAUUUAGUUAACUUCGGCGGGAUUCUCGUUUCAAAAAAGGCGUUACAGAGCUGUCACCAAACCAAAAUUUCGAAGCUAACCACGGAUUUAAUGACCGUCGUAUUUUCGGCAACGGAGAUGGCCGAAUCCUCUCUCACAGGCAAAAUCGCAAAAAUGCACAAAGAGCGAAAUAAAAGUGGCGAAGUUCGACAAAAGAAGGAACUCGAUCCUUCUAAAAUUCAAGCAAUCAUCGGACACGUUCAGGAACGGAUUCAAGGUGCAACUGAAGCGGAAAUAAAAAAAGCGCUCAGAGGAAAACUAAAAUACGAAAGUCAAAAGCAGUACGGCGUUGGCUAUAAAAAAGUCCAGAACUGCUAG